UUUUACAGACUAGUAGAUAGAUGCAGGUUGCGAAUAUGCCAUCCAGGCUCGGAAAACGGAAGGAUUACAAUCUUGUAGAUGAUGCGUAUGACAGUCGUGUUCCAAUGCAUAAUGAAGAUGCAUUUCGGCAUGGGAUUGAAUUCAAAGCAAAGUAUAUUGGAACAUUGGAUGUACCUCGGCCGACUGGAAGAAUGGAGAUCGUUGUAGCAAUGAGGAGGAUCAGAUAUGAAUUCAAGGCUAAAGCAAUCAAGAAACGAAAAGUUAAUAUCAGAGUAUCAACAGAUGGAGUUAGAGUGGUAUUGCGCAAAAGAAAAAAGAAAAAGGAAUGGGCCUGGGAUCUGGACAGGAUGUUAAUUAUGCAUGAUCCAAUAUACAGGAUAUUCUAUGUCUCUCAUGACUCCCAUGACCUCAAGAUAUGGAGUUUCAUCGCUCGUGAUGGGCAAAGCAAUGUCUUUAGAUGUAACGUUUUCAAGUCACCAAAAAAGUCUCAAGCAAUGAGAGUCGUAAGGACAGUCGGACAAGCAUUUGAAGUCUGCCAUAAACUCUCUAAUGAUAAAUUAAAAGAAAUCAAAUCAAGCGCAGAUGAUAAAGAUCAGAGUGAAGAAACAGAUAAUUCAAAGCCUGAUAAAACACUGGAAACAAUAACAGAAAAUUCAACAACUCCAAACGGAGAUCUAGAUGCCAAAAAAUCACUGUCUCUUGAUGGAAAAAACCGCCAAUAUUUCGAAAGACGAAUUCAACGCCAGUGUCGCAAAAUUUAUCAAUAUCACUACUUCAAUCCAUCGAUUCAAAAAACUCCUCUAAGCACUCAUCAUCAAUUACAACUCAGUCAACAAAAAAUACAACAGGCUGAAAAACAGGCUCAAAUGGCUGUAGCACAGGUGCAAUUAUUGAAAGAUCAACUUCUAGCUGAAACAAGUGCUCGUAUGGAAGCGCAGGCUCGCAAUCAUCAACUUUUACUUCAAAAUCGAGAUCUCCUUCAACAAAUGACAGAACUUGUCGCAAAACUUUCGGAAGUCGAAGCCAAACUAAACAAUGUAGAAAUGGAAGAUUCAUUCUCACUUGGACUAAGUAAAAUAAUAGUUGAUGCUACAACACCUGCCAGUGGAACUGUUGAUGCAUCUGGUAUUAUGGAUACUGAUAUGACAAAGGUCAGUCCAUUCAUAGAUACUAGCUUAUUCGCAAAUGCCAACACGAGUAUGCGAACUCCUGAUCUAUCAAAACAUUCAAAUGGACUUGCAGCAGCAACCACAGACUUCAACAUCUACUAUCACUAAAUCAAGUACGGCAAGCGAUUCAGUUCGACUUAAAGUCAAGCAUAAACAAAGGGAGUAAACGGCAAUGAUGGAUCUGGUAGUUCUAGUUCAUCCUCUAGUGAUGAAGAUGAGGAAGAUGGUGUAGGACCAAUACUACAUCUUGCUAGUGAAUCUGGCACUUUAAAGAAUAAGGAAAUUGAAAAAAGUAUCGCAUCAUUGGGAAGUGCAAUUGCUGACCAAACAGAGUAAGAUUAAUUUAUA